UGUGAGACGAUGAAGGACGCUCCUUACGACUACAAGGCCGACAUCUGGUCUCUUGGAAUCACGUUGAUCGAGCUCGCACAAAUCGAACCCCCUCACCAUGAGCUCAACCCAAUGAGGGUCCUGCUGAAGGUCGCCAAGUCAGAACCCCCAACCCUGGACCAGCCUAGUAAAUGGUCGAGRGAUUUUAAUGACUUCUUGAGGAAAUCUUUGGAUAAGAACCCAGAGUGUCGCCCCAGUGCAGCACAGCUGUUGGAGGUAAGGAGCAAUAAAGUGUGCAAAGUUACAAUCUGUGCAAGGUUACACUUACCGGUAAGCACAUGACAUAACUUUACCCUUGUUCUUUUCUUAUCCUAGUUGAACAGAGUCAAGUUGAGUAAUAUAAAUGAAAUGAUCCAAAUAUACAUGAAUAAACUGAUGAUUGUUUCUUUUUUUCUGACUGAACAAAGAURCACUAAUAAAUGUUGCAGUUAUAAAGAAAAAUUUGUUUUUAGGGCAUCUGUUUAUCAGCUGUGCCAACAAAUAUGUCUGCUUAAAAAUAGAGUAUUAAUACUAUUUAUGUACUAAAAAUGGUUGUACUAAU